CUUCCGACUUCGAUGGUCCCAUCUUCGUUUGCACCCGGAACGACGACCUCGACGCCGUGCUCGAGGGUACUCUUUCUUCUCGAUGGAGCGAUAUGGUGUUUUUCCAGAAUGGAAUGCUUGAUCCUUGGUUCGAGAGUAGAGGCCUUGGGGAUGCGAAUCAAGUUUUGGCUUAUUUUGCGGUGUCCAAGCUUGGGGAGUCUCCCACGGAUGGCAAGACUGAUACGAAUCCUGAAGGGUUGACCGCUGCUUUCGGGAAAUGGGCUUCUGCGGUGGCAGCACGGUUGCAUGGUGGCGGUCUCUCUUGCAAGGUCCUCCAAAAGGAAGCUUUUCAAAAACAAAUGUUGGAGAAAUUGAUAUGGAUUUCAGCGUUCAUGCUUGUUGGAGCGCGUCAUCUGGGAGCUACAGUUGGGGUUGUGGAGAAGGAUUAUCGAUCUGAGGUCACAAGCCUCAUUGCAGAAUUGGAAUCUGCUGCUGCUGCUGAGAGGGGAAUAACAUUUGACGACGGCAUGGUGGAGAGGCUGUGUGCAUAUUCCAGGGCUGUUGCACAUUUCCCCACUGCUGUGAAAGAGUUUAAGUGGAGAAAUGGCUGGUUUUAUUCUCUGACUGAGAAGGCACUUGCUCUUGGUAAAGAUGACCCUUGUCCAAUCCAUACAACUUGGCUUAAAGAGAUUAGGAUUAUAUAGACUCUACCUCUCCAUUGUAGCAAGUUGGUGUGAAGUUACUCUGUUAAUUAAUGCUAUUAUGGUAAAAGGAGCUAAUUUUAUCUGCAAAUUGAAAAACAAAACUGAAAUGUAGGGGAAGGCUUGUCUAAUUGCCUCGAAGGCUGUUUCAUUAGGAAAUCUUGAUAUCGAUACUCAUUUUGGAAGGAAAA